GCCCUUCUUCUCAGUAAAGUACUGUCAAGUUCAGGAAGCUCUUUUUGGAUUACACUGAUUAGUAGUGUUAGGGGGUCGAUAGGUACUAGGUUAGUCCCACUGUUCAGUGACAUGAUGUCAUUCGAGACAGGUGAACAUCAGCUGAAGAUUUUUAGGGUAUAUUUAUAGCAGUCAAGACUCUCUUAUGUCCUAUUAAUGUCCAAAUAAGUCGGAGAAGCUGUCACAGUCAUUCAGCACAACUCAUAUGAAGGAGUAGUCAAGGUGGCAUUCUGAUAUAUUAUCACCUGAGUAGUUUAGUUGGAGCCGGAACAAAAGGCUUUGGAAAAGACUGCAAUGAACUAGAAUUUGUACUACAGAGUAACAGAAGAAGCAGUCACAACAGAAAGAGGACUGUGGAGUUGGAAUGAAGUCAUCUUCUCAGCUGUCCAGUAAAGAAAGUCAAGUGAGUGUGGUAGAAAGUAACAGCACUUUCCAUGAUGACAGCAGUACAUUAAAUGAGGGUAAUGCAUAUUCUACUUUGGAAGCUGCUCCUCUGACACCAACUGCAGUGGUUGAAGAAGUCCCCAGAAGGAAGUUGUGUGGAUAUUUAAACAAACUAGGAGUUAAAGGGCCUUUAAAAACCUGGAAAUCACGAUGGUUCAUCUAUGAUGAAAAGAAACACUGUCUGCUUUAUUACAAGACAGCUCAAGAUGUAAACCCUUUAGACAGUAUUGACUUGUCCUGUGCUGUCUUCAGCUAUGAUGUUGAAGGAGAGGAAGGGGUAUUUCAGAUUGAAACUCCAAACCGAGUUUGUACCCUCAAGGCAGCCAGCAGUGACGUGAUGCUGUAUUGGUUGCAGCAGCUGCAGAUGAAACGGGCACUCAUCAAUAGCCAGUUUAGAGUUCUUGCAAGCAACGGAACUGCCUCAGACCCAUUACCCUCUGAAGCAGCAGAUAAUGUGGAUAACUUUUUGCCACCUGUAAAGACCCCAACAUAUCUGGUUGGUGAGAAAGCUGCCUUUUUUCCAGCACCACAGCAGACUUCUGCCUUGCAGAACAUUUCAAUUAAACAUCCAUGGACUGAAAUUCAAAACACAGUUCAUUCCUUCUGUGGAAGCAAGAUGUCCCAGGAAGACAGCAAAAGUGUGUUUUACUUUGAAGACAUACCUCAGAUUACUGCCACUGAAGAUUUACCUGUACAAAAUAUGGGUGAAACUGCAGUUCCUAAUGAGCUGGCUCUUGAGGAACCAAAGAAUCAGCAGUCUGUUUCCCCGUAUGGCAGCUUAAAAAAGAAGUAUAAAAAACGGUACAGUACCCUUCCCCAUUCCUUUGAGAAACUAACACUUAAUCGAAAUAACUCACAGGACAAGGUGACCAGGAUGCAACAGGAGAUACUGACACUUAGUGCAGAACUCCAGUCACAAAAGGAAGUUGUGAAACUAUUGCACAAAGCUCUGGAAACCAUGCAGCAAGAAAAACAGGCUUCUAGCACUUUUCUUGCAACAGAGACAGAGACAGCAAGACUCAUCCUUUUACAAGAGAAAGUUAGAGAAGUUGCACAUAUCAGAAGACAUAUUGAACUGCUGAAAGAGGAAAAACUAAAACUGGAACAAGAACUGUGCUUGAAGGACAGUCAUAUAGAAGAGUUGAAACAGCAUGUGCAGAUGUUGAUGGAGAAAAAUAAUGCCAAGCAGGAGGUUAUUUUAAAAUUGUCUGAGCAGGUGUUUAAUUAUGAUGAUUCAAACAAUUCCAGAAAUCCAUGCCGAGUAACCUUGAAAAGCCAGCAAGAGGAAAUAGAACAUUUGAAGGAUGACAUUGGAGCGUAUAAGUUACAAAACAGAUUCCUUAAUUCUGAACUGUACCAAGUGACCAAGUUAUGGAGAAGCACUGCAGAACAGGAAAGAAAUCUGAUAAUGAAGUGUGCAUACAUGGAAGCCAGGAACUGUCGUACGGAAAGCAAAUACCUAACAACUUUGAGGCGACUGCAGGAGUCAGUAACAGGUGUGGAGAAGAGAAUAAUUGAAGAUGUACUGCGUGACAGUGCAAAUGAUGAUGCUAAGGAACAUGGCCUUUCACUGAAUCCUGUCAGAGAGUAUGAUGAGUACGGUUUCAAGACUGUUCCAGAUUAUGAGAUUGACGAUUUAAAGCUUCUAGCCAAGAUUCAGGCACUGGAGAUAAAAUCUAGCAAUGUUUUAAACAAUGAAAUGACUGAGCGAACCAUCAAAGCAAAAUGGAAGAACAUGCCAGAGCUGGUUCCAUCUGAUGAACUUAAAACUCUUAUCCGUUAUGGUAUCCCAGUGGAAUAUAGACGUGAGGUCUGGAAAUGGAUUGUAAGCCAUCGGUUGCAGAAUGUCAGACAUCAAAACCAUUAUGCAGAAUUGCUGAAAAAAUGUAAAACUACUCAACAUCCAGCCUCAAAGCAAAUUGAACUAGACUUGCACCGCACUUUAACUAGCAAUAAGCACUUUGCUUCUCCAUCCUCUGAAUUUGUCCAGAAACUCAGGAGAGUUCUUUUGGCUUUUUCUUGGAAAAAUCCCACUAUUGGGUACUGCCAGGGACUGAACAGGUUAGCAGCUAUUGCACUUUUAGUCCUGGAAGAGGAAGAGACUGCAUUUUGGUGCCUCUAUACAAUUGUUGAAAUUCUCAUGCCACCUGAUUACUACAGUAAAACUCUAACGGCCUCACAGGUUGACCAACGAGUGUUUAAGGAUCUCUUGUCAGAGAAGAUGCCAAGGUUGAUGGCUCAUGUUGAGCAGCACAAUGUGGACAUCUCCAUGGUCACAUUUAACUGGUUUCUGGCAGUUUUUGUAGAAAGUCUUGUCACAGACAUUCUUCUCAGGGUCUGGGAUGCCUUUCUGUAUGAGGGCACAAAGGUGCUGUUCCGUUAUGCACUUGCAAUCUUUAAAUACCAUGAAGAAGAAAUUCUCAAGCUUCAUGAUAACCUAGAGAUUUAUCAGUACCUCCGAUUCUUCACUAAAACUGUCACUGAUGGAAGAAAACUGAUGUCUAUAGCAUUUAAUGAUAUGAAUCCUUUGCGUAUGAGGCAACUAAGGAACAGACGUGCUGCACAUCUGGAGAAACUUAAAGCAGAACUGCAUGAGUUGGAAAAGAUUCAAGAAGAAUUUGAGAAAUCUCAAGAGCAACUUAAGGACAAAGACUUAGAUGCUGGUGUCAGUGAAGACGAGGAUGAAGUGUAAAUAAGUUGUGUGCAGAACUGUAAUUUUCCAUCUGUACAAUGAGGAUUAGAUGUAGAGUUAUGUAUGAAAAUGUAAUUUUCUCACUUGUGUAUGACGUGUGGAGUUGUACACCAGGAGCUCAUUCUGAGUACUUUCAUGUUGCAUGUUGUUAUAAGUGUUUAUUUUGUUAUUAUAAUAUAGCUUCUGAUAGUUACAUUUUACUGCUAGCUAGUGAUAACAAAUUGCUGUUUUUAAACAGUACCAUUUUUGGUGCUAAGAUGCUAAGUUUUUAUUGACAUCCAAUAUGCUAUUGCAUGUGACUCAUAUUAUGUGCGUCAGCAUUUGAAUAACACUACUGGAAGAUGUGUCCUAA